CGGAGACCGGCGGCGGCAUCUUCCCUCCCAUCGCCGUCCUCGCCCGCUUCUUGCCUUCCCUCCUCCCCCAAGCUCCAGCAUCGACAACCAUCAACGACCAGGCCGGCCGACGAGCCCAUUGUCUGCCUCUUCUUUGGCCUAUUCAUUCUGCCUGGCUAUCGUUUUGUCCUCCCCAGCCGACUGCUGAGUUGUGCAAGCUCAAACGCACCCUCUCCCCCGGGGGGACGCCGGGCAGCUGGUUGCCUUUGUUCUCCCGCUGGCUGCUGAUUCAAGCCUACCUACUGUUCAGCAGCCAGUCGCCUAUUCACUCGACCGCUGCGCCGCCCGAACAAUUGUCGACAAUGUGAGGCGCCGUUUGCUCGACCAAGACUAAAGGCCGCUUUCACGCAGGACUUGCUCUCUUCGCCUUCUCUCCUUCUUUCAACCUCUCGACCUGCCGUUCUUCUUCGAACAUCACCAACGCCCCAUCACGAAGAUCAGCAUCGACCAACACGCCCGCCCUCGACGACGUCCGAGCGAAUCUCACACCCACGUCACACAUAGUUGCAGCCCACCGAAUCGAUUCCUGCCAACAUCCCGAUACCCCCGCGUCUCUGACGCACACGCAACACCAUGAACUCCCUCAAGGUGCCGGAGAGCGGCCUCGUGCUCGCCGGCGCCGCUGACGGCGACUCCACCAUCCCACCCCAGGCCUUUGUCGUCUCUCUCAGCGAUGAUGUGGUCAAUCAGAUGAUUCAGAGCUCUCGCAAUGGCAACGAUUUACACCUCACUACGGGGAAGACUCCAACUCUCCAUUACGGCUCCAAGUCGCACCGAAUCGCUGCGCCCGCCGAUGAUGCUCCGUGUGACCUGUACCUCACCAAGCCUUUCGAGUCGACUCGCCGAGCGGAAAAGAUCUUGACCACGAGCACUCUCUUCAAGAAACUGAAUCCGCGUCCGCCCAAGAAGCAGCCGGUCAAGACGGUAAAGGACGCGCCCAAGCCCAAGCCGGCAGCCUCCAACGGCAAGAGCUCAGCCUCUUCGGGACUUGACAGCGACAUCGAGGCCCUCCAGAACGGGCUGGCAGCCCACGAUGCCGCGCGGGAGAGAGCUCAAGUAGUGGACAAAGUCCCUAUCACCAAGAAUGGCCCCACCAAGGCCAAGAGCAAGGCCCGGCCCAGCUACAAUAGCGUGGCUACGAAGUCGAUGCCCACCACGCCUGCCGUCAACGGUGGACAGUCGCCGGUUCUCACAGCUUCGCAGCAGGUACUCGAGCGGAAGAGGGUGCAGAGAGUGGGGCUUGUCCACGAACUCGCGGUCAAGGCUCGAAGCACGGACUACCUCCGGAAGUGGUGGACAGGCAAAGAUGACGACUUCAUGUCGAUGCUGGGGAAGACUGCCGACUUCGACUCCCAAUCCAAGACGUGGACCAUAAGAAAGUCAGGUUGGAGGGAGCUGGAUGUUUGGGAGUACGACUACGCCUCUCAGGAAGACCGACAAGCGGCAAUCGACAACGCCAUCAAGCAGUAUGACAAGCUAAGACUGUCCUCGUCCGAGGAGGAGUGGCAGAGACUGCUCCCGAAGGAGGAGCGAGGAAAGGGAAAAUGUCUCAGCCGUCUUCAGGCCAACCUCGCCCGCGGUCCAAAAGGGCUGCCGCCCCCAAAGAUCAAGGUACAGAAGGCGGAAGACAGCUCUGCAUCCAGAGACGAAGGCAGUUCCAGCGACAAGGGCAAAACUAAUGGAGAGAAGAUGUCUCGAUCGGGCUCAUUUUUCCCCAAGCCGAAGAAGACCGUGGCAAAGGACCUCCCGGCCAAGCGACCAGCGAGCAAGCCCAAGGCGUCGACCCAGAAGGCGUCCCCGACCAAGGCCAGGGCCGGAACCGGCAAGGGAAGCGGCGGCCGUGUGCUUUCUGCGGCGAUUAUCGAGAACUCGGAUUCCAGUGGAGACGAGGCUCCGAUGCAGCAGCCCGCGCCCAAGCUACAGGUGGCGAAACCCAAGGACACUGUCGUCGUUAACACCAAACCUCAGAGUCGGGCGCCAAUGAAGCAACAGCAGCCGGCGAAACGCCCGCGGGAGGAGGAGGACUCGAGCUCCAGCUCUGGCACGCCGCUGUCGAAGCGGAUCAAGUCCAAGCAGGCGUUGCCUGCGCCCGCGGCCAAGCCGCGCCUCACCAGCGCCAACGCCAGCAUGGGCAAUUCGCGCCAGAUGGGAGCUACAGGAUCAACCAGAGCCAAGAACACAUCGCCGACCAAGUCGUCGCCACUGGCCUCGUCGCCGCCCACCAACGCCUCGGAUCUGGACGACGAAACCCCCCCCGCGCCGGCGGCCAAGAAGCGCAAGGCGGAAAGCGACGCCAAGCCGGUGGCGGCGAAGCGCAGAGCGAUGGAAAAGGUGCCCGCGGACAUCAUGAGCAAGGCUCACAAGUUCAAGGCGUACUACCAAAAGUACGAGGCGCUUCAUCACGAGAUCACGGAGUUCGAUAACCCUCCGGAGUCUAAGCUGGCGGACCUGCUGAACUUGAGAGGUAAACUGGAGAUGAUGAAGCGGGACAUUUACAAGCAGUACUCUCCGGGCCGGGACUAGAGGAGAUGCAUUUUUCUCUCUCUAGGCGAUGGACAGACGGGAAGCGAUUUGUUCCUCGCCAGACCAUGAACGGAGACGGGGAGAGACAUUGCUCCCCACAUGAGGGGCAGAGACGGGGAAAGAGUGUCUGGGACAUGGAUUUGGGCGAUUUUGCUUUUGCAGUGCCUCGGCACGGAACGGGAGCGUGCUGUUUUCUCUUGCUCAGACGAGAUCAUUGGGCAAACGGCGCAUAGGAUAUGUCGGAAUCAUUUUGCAUUUGCAUGGAGAACCAGGGACAGGAUCGGCAUACAUGCACAGGAAAGUCAGAGGGGCGAGACUGCUCAGCUCAGCUCAGCUCUACUCUGCUCAGCCCAGCACAGACAGCUCUGGGCGUCACGGCGCUAGGCCGGCAUAGUCUUCUUCAGUUGAUUGAUACCACCAGGCAGUGAAAAGCCUACGGGCAAAUACAGAGACGCAUUUGACAAGA